AUGGAUGAAUUAGAAGUUCUUUGUGAAAUGAUGGUUGAUUUUGAUAAUCUACAGAAACACAACCUUCACCUGAAGAAUAACAUGUUACUUCAAGGUUGGGAACCGUUCUUCAACCGUUUGAUUGGAGUAGUAUAUCCAGAAUUGGUUAAAGAAUUUUGGUUUCAUGCAAUGCUCUUGCCAAAAGCAAUCAUUUCCUUUGUUUGUGGCCAAGAGAUCUCCAUUACAGAAAAUCUGAUCAGAAGAUUGAUAGGUCUGGAAGGUUGUGAAGGUGCUUCUGGAGCUAUCAUAGGUAGAACAGAUUGGGACGUUGUCUAUGCUGAAAUCUUCAAAUCUGGAAAAGGCUCUACUAGAAUCAAGGAUUUGAAGAAUCCCUACAGAAUAUGGGCCAAGAUCCUUCUGGGUUGCAUCUACCACAGAAAGGCAACUGUAUCUCCCAACUACAUCAAUCAGGAUCAACAAUACAUUCUGUAUUGUAUUGGUCAAGGCGAGAAAGUGGAUCUUCCUUAUAUUCUGUUUAUCCACGUGUGGAAUCAUGUGAGGGACUCUAGAGAACAAGCCAGAUUGAAGACUCCAAAGAUCAGAAGGAACAUCAUUCCCUUUGGAAGGUUGAUUUCUGAUAUUCUAGUUGAAACUGGAUUGAUUGAUGAUCUAGUAAAUGCUGGAAUUGUUAAGGAUCUGUAUGCAACGUGUGGAAGCACUAUAAAUGCCCACACUCUGAAGAAGAUGAAAUUGAUAGAGACCAUUACCGCUACUCCCAGAGUGGUAAAUGAGAUCUUGACCAGAAGGGUUCUUGCUCUGGCUGAUUUUGAGAUGUUCUUCAAGAAUGACCAUCCUAGCAUCGUCCUCUACUAUCUGGAAAAGUGUCAAAAGGAAGGCUCUGAGUAUGAUCCUGUAUGGAAGAAUAAGAAAAAAUCUUCAGGUAUUUCUAUAACUGAGUCUGUUCCUAUUCCUAUUUUAAAUUCUGAACAUAUAUCAACAGAAUCUCCACCAGAAAAAUCACCAGAAAUUCAUCCUCAAACCACCAAAACCUCUAAAUCUCCAUCUUCUGCUUCCUCCAAAUCUAAAGGCAAACAACCUAUCCUUGACUCUGAACCCAUUCUUGAUCCAAAACCUCUAAACACCAUCUUUCAAGAUGAAAAUAUUUUCACUUCUGCUAAACCUCCACCUUCUGAAACUCAACCUCAACCUUAUGACCCCCAACCAGUUGUUGACACUCCUGUGUUUUGCAACUUCAAUCUCCCUUCUUCACCAUCAUCUUUUUCAUCUGAUUCAUUCUUUCGCAACCCUCGCCCUUUUAAACCUACUCCCCAGAAUCCUUCAUCUCCACUUGUUGUCGUAGUCUUAGACUUUGACAAUGUUGUUGAUAAUCAAAUAAUUCCAGCUUCUGUUGUUCCUGCUAUUGAGGAAAACCCUGUUGCUUCUUCUGCUGGUCCUUUAACAUCCGUUUUGUUGGAAACUCUGAAGGAACUUCAAUAG